GAUCCUCCUGAAAUCUCGGUGGAAAGGCCCGUUGUUCAUUCUGCGGAAGGUUUUGAAGCUCAACUUGUCUGCAUUGUACACGGAGAAAGUCAACCAGAAGUCCUAUGGUACAGAGACACGAUGCAACUAGACACCACCGAAAGAAGAAUAAUGGAGUCACGCGGCUCUCGGCAUACACUCGUGAUUCGCAAAGUGCACAGAUCAGACUUCGGAAAUUACACUUGCGUGGCAGAUAAUCAACUGGGAAAAACAAGAAAAAGUGUUCAAUUAACCGGAAAACCAAAUCCUGCAAAAUUCAGCAGUGCUUCCAGAGGCUCCUGGAAGGAUAGCUAUAAUAUUAGCUGGGCAGUCGAAUCAUUAAGUCCAAUAGAAGAGUACAAGCUCCUGUUUAGGAGGUUACCAGAUAGCGGAACAUCAGAAGAUGGGCACCCACAACCUUUACAUCAUCAAAGUCAAAGGAAGUUUGGUUCUGGCAAGGAAAACAAAACUUAUGCAGCGGUAGGUUACAGUGUAGGCUACGGUUACGGACGACAAUUCAUAGACAGGCGAACAGAUUGGAGGGAUGUAAUUUUACCCGCUGCUCCUACUCAAUCUCCAGGAGUUCAAUCUAUGAGCUAUGUAAUUCGGGGAUUAGAAUCCGGCCAAAAUUACGAAGCCAAAGUUCAGGCCAGAAACAAAUUCGGUUGGAGUCCCAUUUCUGAGGCCUUCACAUUUCAAACGACUGAUACAGAUAUGAGCUAUCCAGACCGGCCGCAAUCCCCAAAACAUGUCUAUAAUGAACACGACAUCCAUCAUGAAAUAUUGGGAAUGACCUUAAGUGUAGGUACAACCCAUACAAGUUCUUGCGGAGUCCUGGUUCCAGUAAUAAUAAUUUAUGUGUUUUUAAAAUAUUUUUCCUAAGAUGUGUAUGUUGUGUUAGAUUACAGGUAGUUACUAAUCGUCCAAAAGUUAACAAAACACCAUAUUAAUUACGUUCCAACUUUAUCCAGAAUAAAUAUUGCAUAUAUUUAUUUUAUCUUCCAUAAUUACUUGUUGUUAAUUUUUUAUUUUUGAAUUGUCUGUAUUUUUAUUUCUGUAUGUCUUGUGCUGGAAUGUCUUACGUAUAUUACAAUAUAUAAAAAAAUAAUAGAAAGCUUAGACAUAGUCUUUAUAGCCGAAGAAGCAAUAAUGCCACAAACUAACAUACAUUGCCUAGUAUGCAAAGUAUGGUUUGGCGACUCAUAAUGAUUCUUGUUUUGUUUCUUGGUAUUGAAAUAUUAGUUGGAAUAUGUCAGUUAUAGACAAGGCAAAAACGGGAUCUUUGGAGAACAUAUUCCCAUGAGAUUUUUUUGCAUAAUCACAUUCGUGAGACAUUCCAGAAUAAGAUUCAAGAAGUCGCCCACGUGAAAAGAGGUCCAAAUUUUUUUUUAACAUUUUUUUAAUCAAAUUACAAAAAUCAAUAUUUUUGGCCCAGACAAUUUUUUUUAGGUUUUUUGGACCAUUUUGGAUAAAAAGGUCUCGUAUAAUUUUUCUCUAAAGUUAAUCGUUUUCGAGGUAAAAGCAUUUUAAAAUUGAAAGAAACGAAAAAUGGCGAUUUUCAAGGCUUAAUAACUCGGUUAAAAGUUAUUACUAUGAAAGUCCAAAAACGACUAUAUCAAAGUUUAAAUCCCCCCUACAAAAUUCUGAAGAAAUUUUUGUCAUUAUUUGAUUACUAAGUUGUUAUUUUUAAGUUAUAAUAAUGAGCGCCAUGCACGUAUUAGGCGGCCGUCCAUGAUGAGUGCGAAAGAGAUGCCAUUCAGGAAGUCCAAUGGCGCAUCUCACUCGCACUCAUAUUUACAGCCGCGUCAAUACGAUCUUAUCGCUUAUUAUUAAUAAUUAAAAAUAACAGCUUAGUAAUAAACUAAUAACACAAAUUUCUUCGGGAUCAUGUAGGGGGGGCUUUAAAUUUGAUUUAGUCACUUUCUGACUUUCUAAAUAAUAAUUUUUAACCGAGUUAUUAAGUCUUAAAAAUGGCCAUUUUCGCGUUUUCCAAAUUUUAAAUUGGUUAUAACUCGAACACGAUCAACUUUAGAGAAAAAUUACAAGAGACCUUUUUUGUCCGGAAUGGUCCGAACAAUCUAAAAAAAAAUUGUUUGGGCCGAAAAUACUGAUUUGUGCAAUUUGAUUAAAAAAAAAUUGUUAAAAAAAAUUGGACCACUUUUCGUGUGGGCGACUUCUUGAACCUUAUUCUGGAGUGUCUCACGAAUGUGAUUAUGCAAAAAAAUCUCAUGGGAAUAUUUUUUCCAACGAACCCGCCGAUUUCGACUUGUCUAUUAGAGAUUUUCGUUUUCCUUAAUCUGCAGUUUUCCUACUGAUAUUCCAUAUUUAAGCCAGUUCGUGUGCGUCAAAAUUAUUAUUUUAUCCAAUCUGAUAUAUGUUACAGACAAUAAAAUAUUGCGCGGAGACUGCGAUCUAUCAAUCGACUAUCGUAAGAAUGAAAAAUAUGUACCACGCCAAAAGAUGAAUCUUCAAUUUUUGGCGAAAUGGAAAACUUACAGCUCCCAAUAAAAAACGAAUUAAUGAGCACAAGUUAAUGUAAGUGUCAAAACAGUAAUGAAAAAACUUAAGGUUAAAUCGAAAACGGCCUGCCACAAUACCCAUGCUUUUCCCACGGCACAAAACACAAUGAUUGCAAUUUGCAAGAUCUCAUAUUAGCUGGAAGGAACCUUAAUGGGGAAGAGUUCUUGAUGAAACAAGGAUACAAUUAUGGAAGCCAGAUUGACGUGGUCGAGUAUGCAGAAGGUCUGGAAAGGGAAACCUUUCGCAAUAUGUAAUCUUGUAGACAAUGUUACCUUUGGUGACGGUUCCAUCAUGCUAUGUGGUGGUAUUAGAUGAGAGGCUAAUACGGCGCUUAUUGAGGUAAAUAUUUUAAUGCACACUGGCUGGUAGAUACGCAGAAUCCUCGAUGAGUAUGAUUUUUCUUAUAACUGCUUCAUUGGGUAAGAUAACUUUGUGCCAAUGCAUGAUAAUGUCCGUACACAUGUCGAAGUAACAGUCAUAAAAUACCUUGAGGAUGCUGGAAUUCAAUUGUUAGAUUGAUCACUAAUGAGUCCUGAUUUAAAACCCGUAGAACAUAAAUAUAUGAGAAAUCCUAAAGUGACAUAUUAUACGAGCCAGAAUUCCAGCUCCAAAAUCAUUGCAGAAUUAAGAGUCGCUGCACAGGAGGAAUGGAAAAGACUUCCGUAAGAAACUAUGUAACACCCUUGCGAAGUAUGCAUAAUGCAUAGAAGAAUGAGGGCUAUCACUAGAGCUAGAGGAGGAAAUACUAAGUACUGAAUUGUUACAAUGUUAUAUUGUUAUUAUUUCUCUUUCUAAUUAAGUGUUAUAAGGAAAAUAUGAUUAUUAAUUAAUUUCUCUUCUUAAAUUUGUUGUUAAUAGGCAAUUUAGAUGGAAAGUUCUUAUCCAGUACAACUUAUUUAGCAAUAAAAAGUACAAAACUUUUCAAACUGCAAAAAUAUAUUAUCUACUUCAAAGACAGACUCAAAAUAAAAUAUGCAAUAUUUUUGAGUGUGGCUAAUAUUAAUUCAGUUACAUGUUUAAAAUGAACAAAUAAGUUUUAAGAUUUAGAUUAUUAAAAAUUAUUUAUUCUAAUAAUUUAUUUGUUAGUUUGCUAAGUAUUGUUUAUGGUUUUUUGUCUGACUGUCGGAAGAGUAGCUACGUGCUAGAUUAUAUUUCAGAAAUAUAUAUUUUCCAUAUGAAAUAAAAAAAGUAAAAUUCACUGAUAGGAUGCACACACCAAAAUAUUAUGUUACACACCUUUAUACAUAUAAGCGUAACAAUACUAUUUAUGUGAAUAUAAAUAUUGCUAUGCAUCUGAUGCUAUUAAGAUGUGCACUUUUUUACUUCUAGAAUAGAUAAAUAUUUAAUUAAGUUCGAUAUUUUCGUUAUUCAUUUUUGUGAUGGUAGGUGACGUGAUUUAUAUCAACUUGAGCAUUUUUUAUCGAUCACAGUAUUUGCAAAAUUAUAGUUAGGUAUACAACUAACACGCUGAUUAGAUUUAAAGAUCAAUUUAUUAUUUAUUUCAUUUACUAUUUUACAUGAUUUAGAAUUUAAGAUCUAAAGGUCAAAAACUUAAGUGAAUUUUUAUUUUAAAACCAACUCCUUUUUAAAAUCUUGUUUAAAAAUAAAACUGGAUGUUAAACUUACCCAUUUUUAGCCCACUAUAAAACAGCAUGAUGUUGUUUAAAUUAUGCAUACAAUCAAUUUAAGGCUUAACUGCUAGGGAGUUUGGAUACCUAUUGCACACAAUAAUCAACUCGACACUAAAACAAAAGCACUACAAACAAUUUUUUUAAGUUACGUUGUAAAAUAAUCAAUUUAAUAAAAAGUUAUCAGUUAUCAUAAAAAGUUAAUCAGUAAAGAAUUAUGAAAAAAUGUAAUUUUAUGUAAAGUAAUUUUUUCGAAAAAAAUUUUUUUAUUACAUUAAUUUGAAUCCUAUCGGGUUUGAAGUGUAAUACGUCACAAAUGAGUUCUUAAAGCUGCAUUAUGUUUUCCAAUACAUUCUUCAAUGAAUAAAUUAUUUAUGAAAUGAUAUUGCAUAUAACUAAUAUCAAAAAAUAAACUAAAAAAAUGUUUUGACAUUAAACCCAUUAAGGCCCAAAUAUUUUUUUCUCAAUUAUUAUUAAAAGUUAGUGAUGUAUGAGUGAAUUAAACACAGUUGUGACAAUUUUUACAUUAGAACGUUUUUCUUUGCAUCUGCUUUAUAUUUUAUAAAAUUGUAAAAGACAAUUUUUACACAAUAAUAUAGUAUAUUUUUCACAAUUUUUUAGGGUUUUGGCUUUACAAUUUUCUCCUUACAUCGUCCCUUGACAUCGUCUCUGCUCUUCACGUUUCUAAGUUGUUAUUUUUAAUGGAAUUUUAUGUCCAUAAAUACUUUAUAAAUGUUGAUUUACUCGGUCUUUCUGCUAUACUUCUUGUCCUGAGAAUCAAUCAUAAGUAGGGAACUGCUAGAGAUUGACGAAAAUUUAAUACGAUAAUAUUUUAUAUUUCUGGUAAAAAAUGCUCAAACGUUGUAUUUACAAACUUAAUGUUAGUUUUAAUAAAUUCUAAAGUGUUUAGUCUGUGUUUUAUUAUUAUUAGAUGAUGCUUCAAAUUUUUGAUUAGAAAUACGUAUAUUAUACAUAUAGUAUUUUACAGGUAAAUUCAGGUACUAUGGGGACAACAAGUUUGUUUUAUUUUAGGUCUGUAUAAAUCUUGAGCAAAACCUUUCUUGUAAGUGUAAACUAUAAAAAUAUAAAUAUUUAUAGUUUACAAACUUUAAAUAGUUUUACAUAAGUUUAAAAAAAAUUUUAACAAUUUUGUAAUAUUGAUGAUAUUGAAUAAACUUGAUUCCAGCCAACUAACCAUGUACAUUCCAUUUGAUGUUCCAUGUUCCAUGCCAAUUGAUAGUAACACGACAAAAAAUAUUGUUAUUUAUUUACAAUUUUCAUCUAAUACACAAUUAUUUAACUGUCUAUUGCUACUCGUUAAUAGUUCAAGUUAAUUGUCUUUCUUUUUACUUUAAAUGCUUCGCAAAAUGAUAUACCACACUUAAAAUUGGUUUUGAAAAUAAAGUGUAUUUUGAAAAACUUAAAAAUAGUUCUGAAAAAUAUAUUUUGCUCACCUUUUGUAUUAAAAAGGUUUUUGCUCACCUUUUGUAUUAAAAAGUUUUUUGCCACGCAUUGUAUUCAUUUAAGAUUCCAAAUGGAUAUUUUUUCUUUUCGAAUAAUAUCAAGAAUAUUAUUAACUACCUAACUCUUAAUUUACCUGUAUCAACUAAUGACAAAAUUUUAACUGGUAUCAACUUAUACGUUUACUACUAACAUACUUUUAUUUAGUACAAAGCUUUUUUACCCCUAUCAAAAUAGAACUAUUUAUUUAUAAUUAUUAUGGAACUAUUACGAAUGUUAACAAUUGUUUUUUUUAAUCCGUGAAAUAUUAUAUAAAAGUAAUAUUUGAAGUUAACGAGUUACAUUAUACAAAUAACACUUUACAUCACAUACGUCACAUGAAACUAUCAAUAAAAGAAACAUUUAUAAUUAUAUAAAAAAAAACAUUAAAUUAUUGGAAAAUUCUUUAUUAUACAGUUCUCAAAUAUUGGUCAUAAAUUAUAUCACAGAUUCUGGGUUCAAAAAUAUGUUGAUUGAACCUCACUUACCUAUAUGUAUACAAUACGGCACACAAAAAAAGUUACAGCCCUUUGAAAUUACAAAAUUAAAAUCGAUUUUUUUUCUUAUAUCGAAAACUGUUAGAGUUUUUAUUAAAAGUGGACACGUGGCCCUCUUGUGGCAGGCACAUCUUAAAAAGAAACAACAGUGAAAUUUGUACACCCCAUAAAAAUUUUAUGGGAUUUUAUUCCCUUAAACCCCCCCCCAAAUUUUGUGUACGUUCCAAUUAACUUAUAAUUGUGCUACUAUUGGUUAAACAGAAUAUUUUUAAAACUUUUUUGCCUCCCCGAUAUGAAGAUGAUACUGUUAUACUUACUGGCCGAUAACCUAACAGAUUUACAGAUAAGAAUAUAGUGUAAAUAUUACAGGCCACCAAUUUGGAUGUAAUAAAAACACUAAGAAAUCGAAAUUAAUGGUGAUCCUACUCUAAAAUAAGGACCUGAAUAUUGACAUAUUGACGAACAUAAUUUCAAAAAUAGAAAAGCUCUCAAGCGCCAUAACAUCUUAAAGGGAAAACCUUAAAAGUAGAAACCGUAAAAAGUUAGGCUUUAGAAAUGUGGUUGUAUGGGCGCAUACUGAGAGUUCCUUGAACAGAGUGAACAAAACAGAAGUACUGAGAUGGAUGGGUAAAGAGAUAGAAUUGUUAACCACCGAUAAAGGAGGAAAAAAUCAUAUCUCAGCCAUGCGCUUUGUACUGAGAAGUACAAUCUGUUAGAUUUUAGAGUGGAACGAAAGAUUAAAGGUAGAAUAGGGUUAAGCAGGUAAAAGAUUUCUGGUUAAAGGAAUAGUUCCGAAUACCAGAAGUUGCGCUCUAUUACAAGCAGCGCAAAAUAGAAAAAUAUAAUCAUAUAAUAGGCACCAACCUUCGGUAGAAUAUAUCAAAAAUAUUUAUUUAUGCUGUUUCUAUUCCAGUUUUAAUCUUCACCUUUUUCAUCAUUCGGACAGUUGAUCUUGUUUGGUCAGUUUCUAUUCCACGUCCAUUGAAAAGUUCUUUACAUGUUUAGCUGCUUUAUAUCUCUCCUGAAUUAUUAUAUUAUAUUAUCUUCUAUUAACUACCCAACAGACGAAUGUAUAUAUGGCGAUCGCCCGCAGAUUCAUCGGAGAAAGUAGUUAGGAACCAUAUAUACUACAUUAUGAUAAACGAAAGAUGCCGUAAUGCUGUUAAAGCCGUAAAAGCAUAUCCCGGAGGAAAGAGGGUACCUGGAACACAUAGAACUUAAUUCAGGAGAAAUAGGUCCAGAUAUUACAAAGGAAGAAAUAAUACAUGCGUUAAACACAAUGAAGAACAGGAAAAGCCCAGGACCUGACAUGCUUCUUAUCGACCUUUUAAAAAUUAUAGAUGAGCAGCAUAUUGAUGUUUUAGUGGUACUCUUAAACAAGAUUUAUAGCUCAUUUAUAGCUCAGGCACAUUACCCAAAGAAUGGUUGACGUCGAUCUUUAUUUGCCUCCCUAAAAAGAAAAACGCAAGUUUUGCUAAAGUUGCUACUGAAAGUCAUCCAUAACCGAAUGUAUCAUAAACUGGACAUAGAUAUUAAUGAUAAGCAGUUUGGGUUUCGCAAAGGCCUCGGAACUCGUAAAGCUCUUUUUUCACUUAACAUCUUAUUUCUUAACAAGAUAUCUUGAAAAAAGCUCUUGAGUGUGAAACAGCUGGAAUAAAGGUAAAUGGAGUUCCCAAUAACAACAUUAGAUAGGCGGAUGACACUGUGAUCUUAGCUGAAAAUAUUGGGGAUCUUCAGAGACUGGUGACCAGAAUAGCAGAGUUUGGACAAGAAUACGGGCUAACAAUGAAUGUCAAGAAGACAAAGUUUAUGAGAAUAUCGAAAACUCAAAGAAAUAACGAAAAUCUCUUCAUAAACGGAUCCAAUAUCGGACGAGUCCACCAAUAUGCAAACCUUGGAACAAUGAUCAACUCCACAGUAGAUUACUUACAGGAAAUCAAAAUCAGAAUAGAAAAGGCUAGAGCUAAUUUUAACAAAAUGAGAAAAGUGCUCUGCACAAUAGAUUUGAAGUUGGAGCUAAGAGUUAGGUUGGUUAGGUGCUACGUUUUCUCGACUUUGUUUUAUGGAAUGAAAGCUUGGACCUAGAAUGCUGAAUCAAUGAAAAAACUAGAAUCAUUCGAGCUGUCGGUGUAGAGAAGAAUUUUGAAAAUAGCGUGGACAAAACACGUCACAAACAAAGGUGUUCUGAGAAAGAUGAACAAAAAAUGGAAAUCCUAAAUACCAUCAAAACAAGAAAAUUGGAAUAUCUCGGACAUAUUACACGUAGAGAGAGAUACAGCUUGCUCCAAUUAAUUAUGCAGGGAAAGAUUCAAGGAAAGAGAAGCAUGGGGAGACGCAGAAUAUCGUGGCUGCGCAUUGCGCAACCUGAGAGAGUGGUACGGAUGUACAUCAAAUGAACUUUUUAGAGCAGCUGUCUCUAAAGUACUAAUAGCUAUGAUGAUUGCCGACCUCCGCCGCGGAGAUUGCACUUAAAGAAGAAGAUUAUCCUCUACAUGUCUUGUUUGAUGGCAUCAUUUAAACUAUUUUGUAAUGCAUUGAAUUAUUAUCUGUUGCUUCCAAUUGUUUUUUAUUUUCAUCGUUUUCCCACAUUUCGGUACGAUUCAGACUAUUCUAUAGACUAACUAAAAUAACAUAUCUUUUACUUAUUUUGCUGAACUUUUUUACUAGAAAAUGAAAGUGUAUUGUACAUGUUUUUAAUAGUUCCAUAAGUAAAUUAUUUUUAUGUAUAUACGAGUUUAUUCCUAAUUAUCUUUGAUUCAAAUGUUGUAUACGUAUAAAUUGUAAUUUUCAGAGAUACGAUUUUUUUUAGUUGUUAAUUACACAUAAUUCAAAAAUAUAAUUUAUAUCUAUGAGAAGGAGAUGAAGUAUGAUUUGGUUAUAUAUAUUAUGACUUUUUGUAAAGGGGUCCAAAAUAGCCUACUGUAUUAAUUUUUGUUUCAAAUCGUUUAGUACAAAUAUAAUAUCUACAGUGUACUGAAAUAUAAAUAUAAAAUAUAAUGAGACCAACACAUAUUGUGUUGUAAGUAUACUGUUAGCAGCAACAGACAUAUGAGAAUAAUAAUAGGUGAAACAUCAGCAUAAAGAAUUUGUAUUGGACGUUUGAGUAGGAGGCAUUAGUUAAAUUGCAACCCAUGGCCAAUUCCAAGAGAAAGGAAAUUAAGUGACGAAAAGAAACCAAAUUUCAAACGUAAUUCAUUAAAAUUGUAAUAAAAAAAAAUGAAAGAAAUAUGUUGUAUAAAAUAACAAUAACUAGUUAAAGGACUUCAGGAAAGGCAUACAUGAUAUUAUUUUAGUCGUUUCCGAUACAAUAUUGAUAUACUAAUCAAUAUAAUAUAAUAAUAAAAUACAUAAUAUUGCCAUCGGAACAAUAGUAACGUUUGAAAUGCUCUUUAUUAUGUGUAUUAUAUUCACAUUUAGUUUAUGUGCUUAAAUCCGAUAAAAUUAAAACUAAUUAGGUAUAUAAAAUUUUAAUAUAUUUGUACUAUACAGAUUUAAAUUUCUUCCCUAUAUUGUGAGCCUGCCAUAUAUACGUACCUAUGCUGAUUUGUAAAUAUAACCAAAAUAGAUGCUUUAAACAUAUUUCUACUUAUCUGUAUACACAGUAUUAAUGUAAAUAAAUAAGUGUAUUUUAAAACCUAAAAUAAAAUUUAAGUAUAUUUAAGAAAGAGCUCGAAGUGGAAUUUUUCAAAAGCAAAAAUUUCAACAGGGCUUUAUAUGUGAUGCAGAUGGUGAGUAAUACAGCUCCAUGUCUAUUUAUAGAUGAUUAUUUUUGUUAUUGUAAAAAAUUUGCUUUUAAUUGUUCUAGUUUAGUCAAAUUUAAGAAUAUAAUAACCCAGUCACUUAUAAUCGGAUAGGUCUAAUCAGGGACAAGUAAUUUUCUUCUUUUUAAAAUACGAAUUGUGCUGAAUAUUAUACAUGCAGGUGUUUACUCUUUUAUGUUUGGCUAAUCGAUUAUUUUCUGGUGUUAUUGUGACAACUUCAUUUAUUAUUAAUUAAUUGUUACCGUCAUUAAUUAUUUACGUUCUUAUUGAUCAACUGGCAUUUGCUAAAUAAUAUUUUGCAUCGACAACUGUUAAAAUCUAAAUAACUGUUAUUACCUACUAGUCUGGUUGUCGUAGUAUCAUGUCUAGGGGCCAGCGGGGUUGAAUAUGUACUUAUGUCAUUCGGUACCUUGACGUACAUUUAUGUUUUUUUAUGCUUAGAUUAGAUUUUUUGGGUUUUUUUUUGGUGUACCAGACUUAAAACCUGUCAGAUAAUGUGUUAUUAACAAUUUAGUUGUAUAUACGACUAAACGCAUAAAAAUUAUUAAAGAUAUAUAAUUUUAAUAAAAUGAACAUUAUUCCUUUUAAAAAAGUGAUAAAAACGGCAUUUGGUAAACUUAAAUCCAAUUGUUAUAACCGGAGGUAUAACAAGUUUCGUGAAAAACAAUUUCAAAAUAGGAAUUCUAUGGGAGUUUCCGAAGUUUAACUUAUCUUUUAUUUUUCCGAUUAAUUUUCAGAACCCCCUUAUUUUGAAGAUAAUUGUUUCGACAUUAAGAAAAACUGUUUGAGAUUACUUUAUUUUUAUUAACAUUUAAAACAAAAUUUUACUAAAAAGUUGCGAAUUAAUUCGUGUACAAGUUAUUUAAACAAAAUUAAGCUAUAAAUUUAAAAAUCUAGCAAGUGGCAGCUAUAGAACAACAAAAUGAACAUUUUAAGCUUUGCUAAAUGUUUCUAUAUUAAUUUUUGACCAAGAUAUUAUGGAAUAGCGCAUUCUGGAGCGCAUGGUCAGAUCGCCGCAAAUAAGGGCGCGCGUAGCCCGCACAUAAAUCAAUUUUCAAUAUUUUGGCAAACUAUUAACAUAGAAAUAUUAAAGUGUUAUAGAAAUAUUUUAAAGUGUAUUAAAGUUUAAUAAAGAUAUAUAAAGUGUUAGUUUUAAGUUGUUCUAUAACUUCCAUUAACUAGAUUGUUAAAGUUGAUAGCUUAAUUUUGUUUCAGUCUCUUAUAUUAACACUUAUAUAAAAAUUAAUUUGCAGCUUCCUACAAUUUUUAAAAUUCAAUUGUUAUAACUUUAUAUUAAUAGAGGUAAUUUAACAAACAUUUUUUAAAGCUAAAUCAAUUAUCUUUAAAAUUAGGGUUUUUAAAGUUAAUCGAACGUAAGAAAGCUGAGUUAUAUUGAAAAUGCCCCAUUGCAUGCCUAUUUUGCUAUGGUUUUUCACGAAAUUUGUUAUAACUGCAGUUCUAAAAAUCAUGUUAAAUUUUACCAAAUGUUAUUUUGGUCAGUUUUUUCAGAAGAAACAAUUUUCAUUUUCCUAAGAUUAAAUACCUUUAACAGUUUAGGUAUAACAACAUAUAAAUAUUUAGGAACGUGGCUAACCGAAGAUGGAGAUAAAACAAAAGAAAUCAGAUCUAGAAUAGAAUAGGCAAGAAACACGUUCAUUAAAUUGAAGAACUUACUUUGCAACCGUAACCUUAAUUUAGAGAUCCGCACGGGAAUGCUACGUUGUUACGUUUUUUCUACUUUACUUUACGGCAUGGAAGCGUGGACAAUAAAACAGUCUGAAAUCAAAAAAUUAAACUCAUUUGAGAUGUGGGGCUACAGGAGAAUCCACAGAAUAUCGUGGACUGAAAAAGUAACUAAUAUAGAGGUGUUACAAAGAAUGUGAAGUCACAAAAACUGUUAAAAUUAGAAAGAUUCAAUAUCUGGGUCAUAUAAUCAGGGGCGAGAAGUACGUAUUACUUAGGUUAAUUAUGCAAGGGAAGAUACAAAGGAAGAGAAACCCAGGACGACGCAAAAUAUCCUGGCUAAACAAUUUGAGAGAGUGGUUCGGUUGCAGCUCAUUAGAAUUAUUCAGAAGUGCGGCCAAUAAAAUUAAAAUAGCAAUGAUGAUUUCCAACCUCCGAUAGGGAAAGGAACCUGAAGAAUAAGACAGGACAGAUAAGUUUAGGACACACAAUAAUUUAAUAAAGAAAUUAUUAAUAUUCAUUUAUCUGACUUGUUUUCAGCCUGCUACCUUCGAAAAAUCGACUUUGGGUCAUUUAUUUACCAAAAACAUAAAAAAAGUCAAGGUAUCGAAGGGAUAUAAAAGUGCAUACUCAACCCCCCUAUAGCUACCAGCCUAUACUAAAAAAUGACCUAUUGAAAAAAUAUACAGUGCAUUCAUAAAGUGUGGAAACGGUCUAUUAUCCCAUGACUUAAUUAUUUUCAGAGCUAAAGCUCUAACGAGUCGAUUUUUAUUUUUAAAUUAUGAUUUUUUGACGUAUAGUACAUGAUAGUGACGUCAUAGAUUUGGGCGUAAUGACGUCAUCGAUGAUUUUUUUAAAUAGGAAUACGGAUCGUGUGAUAGAUCAUUUGAAAGGUGAGUCAAUUCUCUAUUCAGUAAUAUAAACAUUAACAUCAAUAAUUAUACAGGGUGGUCAAAAAAUUAAUUUUGAAUUAAAAUAAUUUACGCCAAAAAAAGGAGUGUAUGGAAUUUAUUUAACUCAAAAUACAUUUUACUGAUGCCACAUAAUAUAGCAAAAAUGUUUAUUUGAUAAAUAAAAAUUGCUUUUCGAUAAAAUUAAAUGUCAAACAGCCACACACCUGCGUCUUGGUAGUUUGAACAUUUAAUUUAAGCAAAAAGCAAUGUUUAUUUGUGAAAUAGUUUUUUUUUUCUGACAGAAGUAAAAUGUAUUUUGAGUUAAAUAAAUUACCUAUAUUCUUUUUUUUUGUGGCAAUUAAUUUAAUUCAAGAAUUAUUUUUUUGGACACCCGGUAUAAAUAAUGAUGUUAAUGUUUAUAUUACUGCAUAGAGAAUUGAAUCACAUUUCAAAUGAGCUACCACACGACCCCUAUUCCCAUUUAAAAAAUCAUCGAUGAUGUCAUCACGCCAAAAUAGAUGACGUCACUAUUAUGGGAUAUACGUCAAAAAAUCAUAAUUUAAAAAUAAAAAUCGACCUGUCAGAGCUUUAACUCUGAAAAUAAUUACGUCAUGAGAUAAUAGACCGUUUUCACACUUUAUGAAUGCACUGUAUACGUAUUAUUGUCAAAUAAUUUUUUUUAUGUAACUGUUGUCUCACUUAAAACCAUUUUUUUAGCUGGAAACUUUUGUUGUGUUCUGUCUUUGCGGCAUUUCAUUUUUCUGCUACUCUAAUAAUUUAUCUUCAGUAUUCGCAGUGUAACUUAUUAAGACGAUCUGUUUGUGUUUUCAUCUUAACAUUUCGCUACAUUUAUAUGUAAAUCCUUAAGCAUGAUAGGCUACUGGUCCCGGUAACGGAAGUCGAGGAUGAGAGAUGAAAGGGGAGAUGAAACUAUUUUAUAUCCUUCCCGUAGAGGUUAAUAAAAUUAAAUCGGAAACUUUCACUGCCUGAGUCACUUAUUCGGCUUUAUUUUGACUACGUGAGAAUUAUCAAUUAUUCGUCGUCUGGUUUUGGAACGGGUCUCUUGUUUAAAAACUCGUAUGUGAGUAUAGUAUUCGAAUGUAACUUCUUUAGGAACCAUAAUAUAGAGAAAGAAAAAAAUGGGAAUUCUAUCUAUGGCUUGGAAAUCCUUCGAUAUUGUGUUUUCCUGGUCUUUUAUAUUAAAUGCACAUCUUCGCUUACUUCUACUAAACAAGAACUAUAUAUUAUGUUUUUGUUAUUAAAUAGAGUUAAACUGCAAACUUAACAGCACUUAGUUUCGUUUGCUGAUUUAGAUUCUUUUUGUGUUCAUUUAUCCCCUUUUUAUAUUUAGAUUAUCUCUGAUUAAUUUACUCUUACCAUCUAAUAUACGAGGAUUGUUCAAUUGAAACUAAUCCUUGGUCCAAAAAAUAUUGGUAAAUAUAAUCUACAAAUAAUCACCAAUAUAAUGAAUGUACUUAUCCCUUUAUUUCACUAAUCGAUUUAUAACCUGCUUUUACAAUUCUUGUGGCUCUUGCUCGCAUAAUUCUUUUACGGUAGUUUGCACUCCUUCGUCCGACUGAAAACGAUUACCCCUUUGCGCCAUUUUCAGUGGCCCAAAAGUAUGAAAAUUAUAAUGUGAUAAAUCAGAUCUAUCGUCUGGAUCCUCGACUAUCUUCCAACCUUUCGUUAUAGAUAUUAUUUCACCACUUUGGCAAUAUGAGGCUGGUUAUUGUCACGCAGAAGAAUGACACCAUGUGAGAGCUUAUCUAGACAUUUUCAUCUUAUUGCUUGAUGGCAAGAUAAUAAUGGCACCUAGAUUCGUCAUCAGUAAUAAUCAUUGAAAAAAAAAAGUUAUUACUGUUUUGCCUGUAUUCCGAGAGGUUGCAAGAUAAACCCAUAUGAAAGCUUGUUUGGUCCUCUAGCAAAAGGUGAAGAACCCAUUGUGCAGUAACAUUGCUGAAACCCAUAUUAUGUGUAAAAAGUUUAUGUAUGAUACUAUGGGUAGAUAAAUUGCUCUAAGAAAAAUUCGACGAUUUUCUCUAAUCAAACUUUUCACCUAUGCCACAUUCCUGUCUAUUAAUGCAUUACCAACGCACCUAGCUUGAUUGAGUGGUCGCGGAUUAUCAAUAAUCUGUCUUCCACACUUAAAUUUUCGAGACCCUGCUUUGACUGUUGGAUAAGCAAAAACAAGCGUUUAAAUGCACUACUUGCAUUCGUAUAUGAAUUUGCAAUGGUUUUCAAACUUCAGUACACUAAUAUUGAAUGACCGGAUGCUGAUGAAUGGACCAUUAUUAAGUCACAUUAUUUAAAAUUAAAAUCAAAUACAAAUAACAGGAACUGAUCAAUGUGACGUUUAGAAAUACAUAUAACUAACAUUGCAGAAUGUCACUUGAGUGAUUACAAUUGCUUUCAGGUCUAACCUGGCCAAAGUUGCAUUUCAAUUUAACAAGUGUAGAUAAAUAAAGAGGGAUGUCUUUGUUAUGGUAUCCUUCAAGUGUCUUCAUGGCAUGCCUAAUUAAAUUGGGUUAAGAAAAUUAUUUGUAAAAGCUCAGGGGACAAGGAAGAAGAGGUCGGGAGGUGAAUUCAGAUGAUUUUCAUUUGUGCUAGCUCUGGAGAGUUGGAAAACUCUUUUCAGAUUUUUUGGUCUUUCUUUAGCAAACGCGUGGCUCUAUACUCACCUAGGACUGGUGUCGUUGUGCACUGAGAUUGGGAAACCUCAGAAAACCAUCUACCUGUCCUUAGUGUAACGAUAGUGAUGCUGAAGGUAGUGAAGAGCAUCAGCAUUAAUGACUAUCUACUAUUGAGCGAGGGUGUUGCCAAUGAAGAUAAAAAGUAAAGGGCAGUUUAAGAAUCUAAAUAACAUAUGUCCUCUAGGGACAAAGCCGUUUUGACGAGGCUUAGGAGUCAGAGUGUUAGCACCUAAUUGGCUUCAAGGCGUUUGUACUACUUUACUAUUUCUUUUAAAUGUGUAAUGUGAUAUUUUGUAAUUUUAUUAAAUUGAUUACAAUAGGAGGUGUAAGUCGUAAUAUGACAUUUGGAAUUAUGUAAUAUAAGUAUAAAAGACAAAGCAGUACUAGUUUUAUAAGUUUUAUAUUUUAUAACUUAUAAUAAUUUCACCUUUCAUAUCUAAUAUAUUUUGUAUAAUAAUAUUAGGUACGUCAUAUUUAUGUAAUACUUGUUUUUCCAUCAUUAAGGUGACUGGGUUAAAACUAGGGUAAAUUAUAUUUCUAUUCCUUUGUAUGACAAGGGUAAAUGUACCUCUUUUCCCUAAUAUAAGCUGCAUUAUUGUGAACUAAAUGUUAGUCACUAAAUGUGCUAUAAGGAACCGGAAGCAAGUUUUAGUGCCCAAAAGGACUUAUAGGGAGUGUAGGAAUUGGAAUUGGUUAUGAUAUAUUUGUACAAUGCCGAAUUUGAAUGUGUGACAUAAAGGAACUGAUCAUAAAAUUAACUAAUAAACCAUGUUUAUAUUAUA